AUGUCCAAUCCCUCCUUCGAUUCCCCUCGACGGUCUGCGGUGUUUGCUCGCCAGCCAGAAGAACUGCAUAUCCCAUCUACGGGUCUGAUCAAUCCUAACUUGUCCCGUCAGCCUCCCUCCCAUGACUACCCCACGACUCCAGACACAGGUGCAGGCGCGACCCAGGUCCCUUCGAUCAAUGUGCAAUCGUCCUCGCAGUCUUUACAGUACGGGGGUAGCAGUGGAAAUAGCAAUAACACUCUCCCAGGUGCCUUGACUGCGGGAGGUCAGAAUCGGCCCCCAGCCGUCUCAAUCAAUACAGCUCCGACCGUCGUCCCCACCAUGCAGCAGCCAGCGUCGCAGCAAACCAACCAUCGUUCAAGCAUGAUUAACACUCACGGUCACUCUCGAUCCAGCCCCGCUGGAUUCGACCAAUCGAUGUACAGACAACACGGUGCCCCAGAGGGUUCCAAAUAUCCCACCUCCCCGGGAGCAGGAUAUCCACCACAAACCCCGCAAGGGUCCAAAUAUUCGCCGCUGGGUCUCGCGGACGUUCGCCUACCUGGUGACCAUCUUCUUGGAGACUCGCUUAUGAGCCCAGGCUCGCUUCCAUACAAUGGUGAUUCCCAUGUGCCCACCAACAGCAAUUAUGUGGCACCAUGGCCUAUCUACGCUGUUGAUUGGUGUAAAUGGCCAAUCUCAGGGAGCUCGAGCUCAUUUGGGGGCAAGUUGGCCCUGGGCAGCUACCUAGAAGACAAUCACAACUAUAUCCAAAUUGUUGAUACGCAUUGGGCUCAGCCCGACCCUGAUACGCCAGAUGCGGCAGCAGGGGAGAUUAAACUCGAAUAUGUUAAAACGGCCGAAGCAACACACUCCUAUCCAGUUACACGUAUUCUUUGGGAGCCACCUUCAUCUCAAAAGCAGUCUACUGAUUUACUUGCCACCUCCGGUGAUCAUCUUCGUCUCUGGUCACUUCCCAGCUCUCAGCCGGUACCCAGUUCAAAUACGAUCACAAGGCCUCCUACCCAAGCCCCUACCUCCAAGCUAUCACCACUGGCACUGCUUUCUAAUUCAAAGUCUCCUGAGCAUACUGCUCCAAUCACUUCAUUGGACUGGAAUACCAUAUCUCCUAGUCUGAUCAUCACUUCCAGUAUCGACACGACUUGCACAAUCUGGGACAUUCCCACGUUGACAGCUAAAACUCAAUUGAUCGCCCACGAUAAGGAGGUCUUUGAUGUCAGAUUCUGUGCCAACAGUGUCGAUGUCUUUGUGAGCUGUGGAGCCGAUGGCAGCGUGCGCAUGUUUGAUUUGCGAAGCCUAGAGCACAGCACCAUUAUUUAUGAGCCAUCUGAUAAAACCGAAGUUAAGCCGGUGAUGAGCCCCGGCAAUGCUAGUCCAUCUGGCCCAUCACAAGCAGGGUCAUGGCCUCCGCCAUUACUGAGAAUUGCAGCAUCUCCCCAUGAUGCGCAUCUCCUAGCCACAUUUUCCCAAGAUUCAAGUGUUGUACGCGUUCUUGAUGUACGACAACCUGGUCAAGCCUUGCUCGAAUUGAAAGGUCACUCUGCUGCCCUCAACUGUGUUGAAUGGUCUCCAAGCCGACGUGGUCAUCUGGCUUCCGGUGGCGAUGACAGUCUGGUUCUCCUAUGGGACCUCAUUAAUCAGCAUAAUGCCGUGCCUCUUUCGCAACCCGGCACUACCCCAGGCUCCCAAACCACUACUGAGCGUGGCCCAGCUGCUGCCUGGCAAUGCGAUUAUGAAAUCUCCAAUAUUAGCUGGUCGCCACAAGGCGGAUCCAACCACUCAGGCAAUCCACGAGAAUGGCUCGGCGUUUGCGGUGGACGCGGUAUUUGGGGAGUCUCAUUAUAA